GAUAAGGAAUCGUUCUGAUUAUAAACGAGGAAGUAACGUGACAAGGCGAAUGUGGGUUGUUUGUUAAAUCAGAACAUACACUUAUCUACAGUUUUACUAUGGCUGCAACGGCUGUUGGAGCACUGCAACCCGGUAAAACAGGAUCAAUAUCACUACCGCCAAACUCUCUUAUCAAUGACCAAUUGCGAAGACUUGCUAUGGAAAUGAGAGUCAUUGUGAUCGGGAAGACAGGGUCUGGGAAAAGCUCUACUGGGAACACUAUUUUAGGAGGAGCACCAUUCAUUUCGCAACCAGGAAGUACUUCCGGCACGAGGAACUGUUCUUUUUCUAGGGCAUGCAUACACAGCAGAAACAUAAUGAUUAUUGAUACUCCCGGGCUGUUUGACAGCCAUCUGCCUCCAGAGGAAACACAUGCAGAACUGAUCAAAUGUAUAGGUAUUGCAGUCCCAGAUCCACAUGUGUUUCUACUCACAAUACCGGCAAACAUCCGGUUUACACCGGAAGAACGUUCUACUCUAGACCUACUGCGACGCACAUUUGGAGACUCGAUGGUAGAUCGCACCAUGGUAGUGUUUACAAAAGCAGAUGAAAUGAAAAGACAACUUUUAACUGAGAAACAAUUUCUUAAAAAAAUCCCUUAUGAGGUUGAUACGUUUUUCAAACUUUGUAAAGGGGGGCACAUGUUCUUGGAUAACUAUGCAUCAACGACAGAAAAACAAAUUCAAGUCGAAGCAAUACUCAAUAGGUUUGAAUACAUAGUAGACCAAAAUGGUUCAAAAUGCUAUUCAAAUGAGCUGUUUGAAAAAGCAACAAAGGUGACACUAGAAAAUAGGAAGAAAAGGAAACCAAAAGCAAGCCCGACACCAUUAGGUCAUAUUGAAGAGGAGCCAACCCUCCCUAUUUACCGGGAAGAGGUAGCCGAUGAACAGACACAUGCCCAGGCAGAGGUUGAAAUCGAUGACCAAGAUAGACAAGAAUAUGUAGAUGGUGAAGGAAUAUUUUAUGCAUUGAUUGCAGGUCUCAGGAACUUCUGGGAAAGAGUCAAACGCUUCUUUUCCCUUUGAAAAAACGUGACAUUUCUGAAAUAUUGACUAAUCACUCGGAGUAUUAAAAGUUGUAUACAUCCUUUUAACGGAAGUUGAAGUCUAUAUAUAUUAUGUAUAUAUGAUAAUGAUCUUUCUGAUGAUAAACAUUAACUUGUGAACUAUUCUAUUGUAGUAAUCAUUUCACAUAGCUAUUAUUUAGGGAAGAAGUGAACAAUUAAACGGUGUCCAUCUGUAUAUAAAAAGUGACGUAUACACAAUAUGAUUAAACAUAU